CUUUAGCGAUUCUUUCAAUUCAAUUCCAAAUUUCCGUUCGAACACACUCUCUAAAUUUUCAGUGACCCAGAACACAUCAUCAUGACUAAUGUACUCCGAACUCUGAGCAAAGCCGCGGUCACAGCCCUCUCUAGACCAUCCACUCCUUCAGCGAUGGCUACAGUUGUCCAGGAUGGCAUGUCACCUUUAGUGUCUCUGACCAGGGGCUUCGCAGCUCCAGCAGCCAAACUGAAGAAGGACUGUUUAAAGAAGAGACCAACCGUCAACUGCGCUUGCGCCAGACAUCCUUGGCCAGAAGAUGACAAAGAGUGUGAGGAAGUCAAGGAAAAGCCGAAGGACUGUGACUUCGACUUCAGAAAACUCGAAGUGAAUCCCUUCGACCCUCCUUGUGAUUGCCAGGAUCCCCCACCGGCCGCAGGGUGUGCCGACGUCGGGCGUCCCAAGGAGAUUUGCUGCAGGUCCUUCCGGCAGUACGGAUGUCACUGCGAGGAGGAGGAAGUGUGCGAAGAAGAAGUAGAAGAAGUAACUCACCAGAUCGAGGCAAAAACGUGUGAGUUAGAUUUUAAAAAGCUAGAGGUGAAUCCGUACGACGACCCUUGCGAAUGCCGAGAUGCGCCUCCGGUUGCAAGAUGUGCAGAUCUGCCUAAGAAGGAUCUGUGUUGUAGGACGAAGAAGCUGUUUACCUGCAACUGUGAGGCUUAUGACGAGCCUGGCUUGGAAUGCUUGAAGCAGAAGGUUCCUAAAUCAAAGAGGACUGAGGCGAAGAAAUGUGAUAAGAAGGAGUGGAAGGGCAAAUGCAUGUAAGGUUUGUGGGUGUCGGACUCAUACAUCAUGUAACUCAACACGUUGUCUUUGGUUUUCAAUUAAACGCUAAUACGGUA